GGAAAACGGGGGGAGAGAGAAAAAAAGAAAGAAGAGAGACUCCUUUUUUUGUUCGGAUCCCGGCUCCUUCAUCUGCCCUCAAUCCGGGCCUAAUGCUGUAGAGACGGCGGCGGAGAGAGAGAGAGAGAGAGAGACCUAGACCUAGACAGAGAGAGAGAGAGCGAGAGAGAGAGAGAGAGAGAGACGGUGAUUGAGUCGGCCGGGCGGGGAUCGUUCAUCGCUCCUGCAGGAGGAACAUGGGGUGUACGCUCAGCGCCGAGGAGCGAGCGGCUCUGGACCGGAGCAAGGCCAUCGAGAAGAACCUAAAGGAGGACGGGAUCACCGCCGCCAAGGACGUCAAACUGCUGCUGCUCGGGGGAGGGGAGUCGGGCAAAAGCACCAUCGUCAAACAGAUGAAGAUCAUCCACGAAGACGGCUUCUCUGGGGACGACGUGAAGCAGUACAAGCCGGUGGUCUACAGCAACACCAUCCAGAGUCUGGCGGCCAUCCUGCGGGCCAUGGACUCGCUGGGCAUCGAGUUCGGCGACAAGGAUAGAAAAGCGGAUGCGAAGCUGGUGUGCGACGUGGUGAGUCGCAUGGAGGACACCGAGCCGUACUCCGCGGAGCUCCUGACCGCCAUGAAGCGCGUGUGGGCCGACGCCGGCACGCAGGAGUGCUUCAACCGCGCCCGGGAGUACCAGCUCAACGACUCGGCCCAGUACUACCUGGACAGUCUAGACCGGAUCGGGGCGGCGGACUACCAGCCCACGGAGCAGGACAUCCUCAGGACCCGAGUGAAGACCACCGGCAUCGUCGAGACCCACUUCACCUUCAAGAACCUACACUUCAGGCUGUUUGACGUGGGGGGUCAAAGGUCAGAGAGGAAGAAGUGGAUCCAUUGCUUCGAGGACGUGACGGCCAUCAUCUUCUGCGUGGCUCUGAGCGGAUACGACCAGGUGCUCCACGAGGACGAAACCACCAACCGCAUGCACGAGUCCCUCAUGCUCUUCGACUCCAUCUGCAACAACAAGUUCUUCAUCGACACCUCCAUCAUCCUCUUCCUCAACAAGAAGGAUCUAUUCGCCGAGAAGAUCAAGAAGUCCCCCCUCAGCAUCUGUUUCCCGGAGUACACAGGUGCUAACACUUACGACGACGCCACCGCUUACAUCCAGGUCCAGUUCGAGAGCAAGAACCGCUCCCCCAAUAAGGAAAUCUACUGUCACCUGACCUGCGCCACGGACACCGGGAACAUCCAGGUAGUGUUCGACGCGGUCACCGACAUCAUCAUCGCGAACAACCUGAGGGGGUGUGGCUUAUACUGAGGCCCGGCCAAUCACAAGAGGUCGCCGUAGAGCGCACGAGGUGUUAAUAAUGAUAAUUUUGAUGAUACUAAAAACACAAUGAAUAUGUAAAUGUACAUGUCCAAAUGGACCCAAAGAGCUGCCCGUCAGACACCACACUGGAUUAUUGCCAUCUUUUGUUCUCCUCCUCCCAGUCCGAUUUCAUUUUAUUCCACUUUUUAAGAGAGAGAGAAAAAAAAAGAGAAAAGAAAACGCGUCUCCCACCGACUUGUGUCCCGUGUCUCGUUUCCGGCCGAACUAGCAGCGGGGGGGGGGAGGAGGGGGGAUCAGAACCGAGCGGCACCGGGGUUUUAUUCAGCCGCCGCCUUCUCGUUUUGCAAAACUCAACCUAGAGGUGACAUGCGAGGAAGCGGUCCGCCCGUCCCCGAACCGAACCGGACCGGACGGUUGGACCGCUCUUUGCAUGGCAUUUCUACCUGCAAGACCUUUCUCUCUUUUUUUUUGUGGUUGGGUUUUUUUUUAUUUUUUUUUUAGAAAUGUCCAAAUGUGCUGAAUGUCUCCGCUGGUGCCGGGUUUCUUUUGGUGAUGCUGAUGUUGGGGGAGAGAGACGCUGCGCUGGUGGCUCAGGGUCGCGGCACGGCGGCGGCGGCGCGGCCAGGCCUCCCCCCUCCUCCUCCUCCCCCCUCCACACAUAUACGUACGCCACUGUUCUUUAGGAUUUAGCACACGCGGGGGGGGGGGCGACCUCCCCCGUUUCCACUCACCCCGCGAGCGGAGAGGGGGGGGACGCUGACGUUGUGGAGCGUGGCCGGCCUCCCCCCCCCUCCCCCCGCGUCGGGCCGCCGAGAUCUGGCGCGUUGUCACGUCGGUGCCAGCCCUCCCGAAUCACGAGUCAUCCGUCCGGUUCCGAGUCGAGUGAAAGAUCACCGACGCCACCCGCGUGCGCGCGCGCGUCCGCGUCACAGCCACUUUAUUAUCGUCGGAUGAUUUAUUCAAGCCUCGUGCCCGACACGCUUCCUCCUACCUCCUCGACUCCCGUGCCACAG